AUGUCUCUAUUUUUUUCCAAAUUUUUAUACGUAUUUAAAAUUCCCCAUCACACUCUAUUUCUGUCCUCUUCUUCUUUUCCUUCUUUUUCUUUCUCUUUCUCCCCCGUUUCUUCUUCUUCUUCUUCUUCUUCUUCUUCUUCUUCUUCUUCUUACGCUUCUUUUUCUAACUCUUUCCCUCCUCCUCCUCACUUCCUCCCCCUCUUCCUCUUCUUUUUCUUCUUCUUACGCUUCUUCUUGCUCUUUCUACCUCCUCCUCCUCCCCUUCUUCUUCUUCUUACGCUUCUUCUUCUUACUCUUUCCCUCCUCCUCCCCACUUCCUCCACCCUCUUCUUCUUCUUCUUCUUCUUCUUACACUUCUUCUUCUUGCUCUUUCUCCUUUCCUCCUGCUCCUCCUCUUCCUCUUCUUCUUCUUCUUAUUCUUCUUUCUCCCAUCCUCAACGUUCUUCUUCGUCCGCCUACUCCUCCUCAAAUUCUCCGUCGUUCUCCUCCUCGUCCUCUUCUCCUUCUUCUUCCCCUCCUCCUUCUUUUCCUCUUUUCCUAAUCUUCUUUUUCCUGACCAUCAUCAUCUUCUUCUUCUUCUUCACUCCUCCUCCAUUUCUUUUUCUUCCUACCCAUCUUCUCCUUAUCUUCUUCUUGCUAGCCUCCUCCUCUUCUUCCUCCUCUUCCUCCCUCUUCCUAUUCUUCUUCUUCUUCUUCUUCUACCUCCUUUUCUCUUCUUCCUCCUUCUCUUCUUCUUCUUCUUCUUCUUCCCUUACUCCCCUUCUUCUCCUCCUCUUCUCCUCCUCUUCUCCUUCUCUUUGUUUUCUUAUUUGCUAUACUAAUUUCUCUAUCUUUUUCCCCUUAUUUUUAAUUUCAUUUUCUUUAUACUUCUCACUCACAUUCUUUCGGUUCUCCUCUUUCAGUUUCGAAACACUGCAUUUUUUUUUUUAUCCUACAUUCCCGCCACUUUUGUUUGCGCCACAUGAAAUGGCGGGAAAUAAAGCUGAAGCAAAACGAACUCCAGCGUUUAAUUGUCUCUUCGGGCAAAACAACACCUUACGUCUAACAAACGAGAUUCGACUUCGCCAUUUCUUACAACGCAACGUGUUUACUAAUUAG